AUGGCGGACACAUGGUGGUUUGAGGAAACCAAACUUUUGAUCGCUUUAUGGAGUGAAGAGGCAGUGCAACAUGAGUUAAACACCAUGCACAGCAAGAAACUCAUAUGGGAAAAAAUAAGCCAAGGAAUGGCCAAUGGAGGGUACUCGAGAAGUGCACAACAGUGUCGUGAUAAAAUUAACAAUGUCAAGCAAAAAUAUCACAAGAUUCGUGAGGGCAACAAAAUUUCUGAAAACCAACGACAAGAAUGGGAGAUGUUUGAACCAAUGGACCGUGUUCUUGGCUGCAAACCAACCUCAAAACCUAGAGUGGUUGACUUGAUGCCAAGCAGUUCUAAAGAGGAAGAAAAGAUUUCCAAAGUGACAUAUCCUGAUGAUGGCGACAAAGCCUUUGGCAGUGUGGUUGAUGUUUCAUUCUCAUCCCUCUCCAAUGAAGAUGAAAACGUAGCAGCAACUCCCUAA